AGUGACAUGCAGUUCGGUGCACCAAACGGUCCAAUUUCGGCCAUCAAAGAUCGUCGCGAGUGGACAAACUGAUCCGCCAAAGACAUCGCAUUCACCGAUCGAUCUGUUCCUUCUUCAUUAAAGAGUAGACAAGCAACAAUCUAGCUAGCUACUAGCUUGUAAGCUAUCAAGCAGAAAGAAGGAAAGAUGGGAAACGAGACUUCUAGGCACUCGACAAGAAGUUCGGGUUCGCGUCCUUCUACGAGCAAGCAAAGGACGGGACGGUCUAGCUAUCAACCAACCGGACCACGCCCUCCACGACAGAAUAACAAUCGCACUGGCACUGGCACCGGCACGGUUCCGGACGAUCGCAGUCUCAAGACUAGUAUAAAAAAUGUUCAGAAAGAUGUCUCUAUGAAAAGCUCCGACCAAAGAAAGAAACAAGUGAUGCCCACGGAUGAUAGCUGCCACACCUUUGCUGCCAGUUUGGCCACCCAAUCUGCUGGUCAUCAUCGCAGGGGGAAUGAUUAUGUCAUGAUCACGGAUGCACUGUCAGAUGUCAGAGUCAACUACCACAUUGAUGCCAAAGAGAUUGGCCAUGGACACUAUGGAGUGGUCCGUAAAUGCAGACACAGAGAAUCUGGUGAAUGGUAUGCCAUCAAGUCCAUUCGAAAGGCCAAAGUGUCCAAAAUUGAAGUUUUGAAACGAGAGAUUGAUAUAUUGAAGGAAGUGAGACACCCCAACAUCAUCCACUUGGUGGAAGUUUAUGAAGAUGAACGCUAUUUGCAUCUUGUUACAGAACUAUGUACGGGGGGAGAACUCUUUGAUCGCAUUAUUGCAAAAACACAAUCUGCUGAAGGCCAUUUCUCGGAACAUGAUGCUGCCAAACUGGUCAGAGACAUUCUAGAUGCCAUACGAUACUGUCACUCCAAAGGCAUUGUUCAUCGCGAUCUCAAGCCAGAGAACUUCCUUUUCUUGACUCCCGCCGAGGACUCUCCCAUCAAAAUUAUUGAUUUUGGAUUGUCCCGCCAUGAUGACUCAUUCCAAGGAAUCAUGAAAACAAAGGUGGGCACGCCAUACUAUGUCGCACCAGAAGUGCUGCGAAGAGAAUACACCAACAGUUGUGAUAUUUGGAGUAUUGGUGUCAUUAGCUAUAUUUUGCUGUGUGGAUACCCUCCUUUUUAUGGGGAUUCAGAUACUCAAAUUUUUGAUGCAGUGAAAGUGGGCAAGUUUGACUUUCCUUCUCCUGAAUGGGACACCAUCAGUCAGCUGGCAAAGGAUUUUGUCACUGCCUUGUUGAAGAAACUUCCUGUGGACCGACCCACAGCAGAGCAAGCAAUGAAGCUGCCUUGGCUAAUCAAUCAACUCGGAGAGGUACCCCCAGAACGAAAUCGGGCACUGUCGUUGCAGCGAGGAAAUCGUGGGGCUGAGUUUUCUAAGUAUCUGGGAAUGAAGAAACUGAAGAAACAUGCACUCGGAUACAUUGCCUCCAAUCUAACUCAAGAACAAGUUGGCUAUCUUGGAGAAAUCUUCAAGAGUAUUGAUGAGGGGGGAGAUGGUGUUCUGACACUGACCGAACUGGAUCAGGCAAUUGCUAGAGGCAACUUCCCAGCUAGUGUCCAAGAUGAUUUGAGAUCUCUGAGAGAUAAGUUGUCACUGUCUGAGGACGCCAAGUUGAAUUGGAAGGACUUUCUUUCAGGAACAAUAGACAAGACUGUCGCCCUGAGAGAAGACAACAUUCGGAUGCUCUUCAAUCACUUUAACCAUGGUGCUGAUGCAGAUCAUCUGAAAUUUGAAGAUGUGGUUGAAAUCUUUGGGGGUGAAGCACAGGCACUAGAGAUCAUGCAAUUUAUGGAUUCUGAUGGUGAUGGAGUGAUUUCCUAUGAAGACUUCAGGAAGGCAGUGGAAGAGAGCAUGGCAGAAGUUGACGACGAUGACGAAGGUGCUAGCAUAAAUAUCUAGUAAAAAUUUUGAUAGUUCCCCCCCCUGU